AUGAGCUCCGAUCCAUCAACGGGGCAUAAGAAGGAGAAGCCACCCAAGCCCACCCUCGGCCACCGAAGGAGCCCAGUACUAAGAAGACAGAGUCGACUAGAUGUAGGAGAAAAGGCGAGUCCACGGCCGAGGAGGACCAGAAAUACCAAGGUGAGCGCAAACAAAUCAACCACCACAACGGCAAGUAACCUCUGA